AUGUCCGCGGGUGGGGGGAGCCGAAAGAUGGCGGAUAAUGCGCGCGCCAUCGCUUACUUUUGGGACGCCCUGCUUCACGCCGUGGCGCCCGCGCCAAACGCGGCGAAGCAGCGAAGGCGACGGGCACGAAAGUCCGUUUUUUGCUGCUCCAAUUCCAACGACCGUCCGGCGAAGUUUUGGUUUUGUCGCCCGCCGCAACCGCCGCGGAAGCCGCCGGCGUUGGCGGUGCAGCAGCAAAAAAGGAAAAGGGUGCACUUCUCCGACGACGUUGAGGUGAUUCUCAUCGACCGACGGAAUCAAUCCAUCCUCUGA